UUCCUCUCUCUUCCACUUUCAUCUCCCAGCAUCACCACCACUGUCCCUCCCUCCCUCUGCCUCUCGCUCUGGCUCUCUCUGCUUCUCUCCAAAGCUGUUGUUACUGUGCGGCUCCUGCACAUCAUUCCACUGCGAUGGAAAUUAAAUGAAGGUGGCUUAACACAGCUAACAGAGGCAUGCUUUGAAGGAUGUAACGGGGGGAAACUGCGCUGCCAGAUCCUUUUCCAUGGGCUGUGGAUUUGUGCUGCUGAGGCGAGGACACAGCAAUCACUCAGCCAUGCAGAAGCCCAGACAACAGGACUAAUCUCUCCACCUGACUUGUGGAAGCUCCACUUUUUUUUCUGAAUAAUUCAUUCUGCGCUGCCAAAGACAGUGUGGGACAAUGAUGCCGGAAUGAAGUAGACGGUAAAUUUGUAGCUUUGACUGCAGCCUGCAGCACACAUGGAUGUUUUCAGCUUCGUGAAGAUGCCAAAGCUGCCCGGCCAAAGGACCAAAUCCUCCGGCUGGCCGCCCCCUUCAGGGACCUGGAGUGCUUCACAGGGACCCCCCAAUGGAUGGGACAUGGGCACCAAUAGGGAGGGGCGUGACUGCUACAUCAACCACGUCUCCCAGAGCAGCUCUCUGGAGGAGGUUCGAUUGGAUGGGGAUAAGUUUGUGCCACCUGCACCCCGUAAGGUGGAGAUGAGACGAGAUCCAGUGCUGGGCUUUGGCUUUGUGGCAGGCAGUGAGAAACCUGUAGUGGUCCGCUCAGUCACACCAGGAGGUCCAUCAGAAGGCAAGCUAAUCCCAGGGGACGAGAUCAUCAUGAUUAAUGAUGAGGCAGUCAGUUCAGCACCCAGGGAGCGGGUUAUUGACCUUGUCAGGAGCUGCAAGGAGUCCAUAUUGUUGACUGUAGUUCAGCCGUAUCCAUCACCUAAAUCGGCAUUCAUCAGUGCAGCCAAAAAGGCCAAAUUAAAGUCUAAUCCUGUUAAAGUACGCUUUGCUGAAGAGGUCAUCAUCAAUGGACAGGUCCCAGAAACAGUGAAGGACAACUCCCUUCUUUUUAUGCCAAAUGUUCUGAAGGUGUACCUGGAGAACGGGCAGACUAAGUCAUUUAAAUUUGACAGCAACACAUCCAUUAAGGACGUCAUCUUGACCCUGCAAGAAAAGCUGUCCAUUAAGAGCAUUGAGCACUUCUCUUUAAUGCUGGAGCAAAGAGCCGAGGGAUCUGCCAGCAAACUCAUGCUCCUGCAUGAACAGGAGAUGCUAACUCAGGUGACACAGAGGCCAGGGUCACACAAAAUGAAGUGCUUUUUCCGCAUCACCUUUGUCCCAAAGGAUCCCGUGGACCUGCUAAAAAGAGAUGCUGUAGCAUUCGAGUACCUCUAUGUUCAGAGCUGUAAUGAUGUGGUGUUGGAGAGAUUUGGGUCAGAGCUGAAAUACGACACGGCCCUCCGUCUAGCUGCCCUGCAAAUGUAUAUUCUAACCAUCAAUACCAAGCAGUCCCAGAAAGUUUCCUUGAAGUAUAUUGAGAAAGAGUGGGGUCUGGGGUUGUUCCUGCCUCCUGCGGUGCUGUCGAGCAUGAAAGAGAAAAACAUCAAAAAAGCCCUCACUCACAUCCUCAAAAGCAACCAGAAUCUGAUGCCUCCUGGAAAAAAGCUGACUACCUUGCAGGCAAAGGUUCAUUAUCUGAAGUAUCUCAGUGACUUGAGACUGUACGGAGGGCGGGUGUUUAAAUCCAUACUAAUUCAAGGCGAGAAGCACACAGAAGUGACUUUGCUUGUCGGACCCAAAUAUGGCAUCAGUCAUGUGAUUAACACCAAAACGAACCUUGUGGCUCUGUUGGCUGAUUUCAGUCAUGUGAACCGCAUUGAAAUGUACACAGAGGACGAGAACAGAGUUAGAGUGGAGCUACAUGUUCUGGAUGUAAAGCCCAUCACUCUCUUAAUGGAGUCUGUUGAUGCAAUGAAUCUGGCCUGUUUGACUGCUGGCUACUACAGACUGCUGGUGGACUCACGGCGCUCGAUCUUCAAUGUGGCCAAAAAAACAGACACGGUGGAAACAAGCCAUGCAGCAAGAGUAAAGCAGAACUACCAGGCCAUUGAGUGUACAUACAGCACACCUCAUAAGGGAUGUGAAGACAGAAACAAUCAGAGGUGCAGUCAAGAAUAUUCUGACCAGGAGUGCGAAUACCUAGACCAUGGUAGAUGUGAAGGCCAACAAGUCUACAUUACUGAGAUCCACCAGCCUCAGCACCCCAUUCACAUGGCAGAGAGAGCAGAAUGUUGCAGAAUCCCUUGUUCCCAAACUUACCUCAAUGUCCCAAGGCCCAAACCCCAGGAGUCCUCCAGGAGUGCAAAAGUCUCUUUCAUAUUUGGAGACCCCCCCUUAGAUAGUGUAAACCCUCAAAAUCUUGGCUACCAGAGACUGAUGGAAGAGAGCCCAGAGAUUCUAGACAAUCACAGCCCGAUGUACAGACGUCUUGAGGAGGAAUAUAAGAUGAUGGAUGCCUUAGAAGAUGGAGACGGAUAUCCGUACUCCACCAAAAUCUUCGGUCCUGCUGAGUGCAUUGAGGAGCCGCUGUUGCACGAUAUCUGUUACGCCGAGACGACGGAUGAUGCAGAGGAUGAGGAUGACAUCAGCUGCGAGGAGGACAUGGUGAUGAGUGACAUUGACAAGCCUAUGUUACUCUCGCUCUCAGGGUCUAGUGAUGACAUCAUUGACUUGACCUCCCUUCCUCCACCGCCAGAGGGUAAUGAUGAGGAGGACAAUGAUGUACUUCUGCACUCACUUAACCUGGCCAUUGCUGCUCCUCCGCCCGGCUUCAGGGACAGCUCUGAUGAGGAGGAACACCAGGGGGGCGGGACUAGGGCCAAGGGAGCCUGCAAUGAUAUCCCAGUGUCUCUCAUAGAUUCAGUGCCCACCCAUGGAGCCGAGGCCCAGGGUGAGCCUCUGGACGAUGCAGUGGUGUCCACCUUACAGGCACUCGAGGCCCUCGCCGCGUCCGAGGAACAGAGUCCUGCACAGUCUGAGAGUAGCACAGGUGUAGAAAUAUCUCGAGCAUUUAGUCCUGAGUCCUCAGAUUCUGGCAAUGAGACAAACUCCUCUGAGAUGACAGAGAGCUCUGAGCUGGCAUCCGCUCAGAGACACUCGGAGAACCACCUGAGGAUGCAUGUAGCCAUGACAGAAGGAUAUCAUGCCGUGAAUGAGGAAAAGAUAGAGGUCAUUGCAUCUAGUGAUGGUGGAGCCGGAGUCCUGCAGUACAACCCCCAGGAGCAUCAGGAAGAGGAGGCCAAAUCAUCUGCGGUUGCCUCCUCACAGAUUUUUCACUCAGAUGGUGGUGAAAUGGAGCCAGAGACAAUGGAAAUAAAAUCAGUGAGUGAAUAUUUCACUAAGAUGCACAUGGGGCCAGUAAUGAGCAGGCAGAGAGGAAAACAGAGGGAGCUAGAGAACAGACACCAAGGAGACUCCUGCGACUCCUCUGAUAGAUCCCACACAACUUCCCACGACUCAGCCAGAGAAGAGCCCCCUCAUCUUGUUGGGAAGUACAAUGCUUUUACUAUAAGAGAUUCCUAUUACAUGAAUCAACUUGAUCUGGGGCGAACUCACUAUAAAGACAAGCAUCAAAAAUGGCAGCAAGCGCCUGGAAACAAAAUGGCAGAGAAUCUCGCUGCAGAAUGUGUGAAUGACUCACAGGCUUCCCACGCAGAGAGGCUGACAAUAAAAGGAGAGAAUCAGGAGUCAGUCGAAAGAAGCCAGCAGAUAAAUGCCCAUCUCCGCUCCCCAUCCAAUGGGCCCUUCCCUGAAGAGAGUGCUACUACGCAGGAGAACGAACAGCAGCAAAUUAAAGUCCCAUCAUCAGAACAAGACGUCACACGGUUGUAUGAAUACCACAUAAAUAAGCGCAUGUCGUCGAUACAGAGCGAGGGUGUCCACUCCCUUCAGAGCUCACAGUGUUCCUCUAUAGAUGCUGGUUGUAGCACAGGCAGCAGCAGCUGUGUCACUCCCAUGGAUUCUCCUCUUUGUACCACAGACACUAUGCAUGUACUGUCUGAGUCCUCACUCAAGGGCCUGGGCUAUGUAACUGGUGAGGAGAAGGGUUACCGGCCUGGAGGUCAGGGCAAGAUAGGCCAUCCCAUGGACCCCACCCUGCUGAGAAAGAUCCAUGCAGCUACUAGCGCUGAACCAGGGUUUGGAAAUACUCGGGAUGGCAGUCACCGAAUGCCCAAGAUAAAAGAAACCACAGCUUGCGCACAGCUGAAGAAGGUUGCGGAAGAGUCAUCUUUAACUCUCUGUACUGAGAAGAGUAACACCACCACAACCAUGUCACCGUCAUCAUUAAGAAGUAGCACAGAGCCCAGCGGGCUAACACAGGCCAGCCCCGAGCCCGACCCACAUGCCCCGGCUUUCCCCUCAAGCGGAUCUACAUGUGACCCUAAAACAGGCAGCCUCAGGAAGCCACGCAGGGUUCGGACGCUCAGGAGGAGCUGGAGCACUAUGAUGCCAGGUACCAAGAGCUUUGAAGCACUGCUGGAGAAGACCAAAGCCACACUGACAGGGAAGAGUGGUGGUCAGAAUUUCCAGUCUCAAGAUCCCCCAAAUGUCCAGAGGUUAUUCUCAGCCAAAACAUUACCCAAGAGCUUCACCCACAGUUCAGCUGCCUCUAAUUCAUCCAGUAAAAGGUUGAUGAGAGGAGCUUCCCUUUUGCUACCAGAGUCAACAGGACCAAGAAUGGAUACAGGUACGUGGAAGUGCCAUGGGCCACUCAGUCACUGCUUCCCACUAAGAAAAGUAAACACUGAUAGUGAUGAAGACAAAGACAAGGGCUCACAUGGUCUGUUCCACCUCAGUAAUGAAGAAACAUCAAUCCUGAAAGGACACUGUAAACGUGAACAGGGUAACAUGGCCACUGCUACGAACGACAUGAGCCUUAAAGCAAGGCUAGCUCGUGUAAAUUCAAUGAAGGGGAAAACCUACAGCCUUCACACAGGGUUUGCACUCGCAAGAAAGGAUGCCUUAGAUAUGAUCAGUUUGGUGCGUUCCAGUGUCGGCCGUUCGUCCCGAAGAGAGAAGCCGGAGGUCUGCGAGGCUGACAUGGAGACGAUCUCCCAGCUGCUUUUCAUGCAGGCCACAGUGCUGAGUCGUGCCUGCAGUCAGAUGGCCGUAGAAUACAGCAGCCCAGAGGAAUUACUGCUCACUCUGACGCACAGCUUCCACACACUGUGCUGCUUAACACAAGCCUGUAUGUCACUGGUGGAAGGCCUGAGCACUGACACCGAGAGACGUGAUGUGGUAGCCAAGGUGGAUGAGGUCGUCAUGAACUAUGUGUGUCUGCUAAAAGCUGCUGAAGCGGCGUCAGGAGCCUCUCCAACUGACCAAAGUGUGAAUGCAUUGAUACAUCACUCUGCCACCAUGUCUGCUGUUAUAAACACACUAACUCACUCACUGAAAACACUUCUCAACAAAUAAACUGUUAUUUUGUCCUAAUUAUUGAUUUUAAAGCCAUACAUAAGAGACAUAGGUUGAACAACCAAUGUGAACUGCUGUGAAAAAAAUCUUGCCUUGUGUAUACAAUAUUUUAUUAUGUAAAGUAAAAAUGAAAUUAUAUCAAUCAUUAAAGUUUUAAAUAGAUUAUAUUAAGGCCUCUGUGAAGAAGCAUAUGACCCUCCACUCUGAAGUAUAUUAUCUACUAUUACAUAAAAGGGAUUAUUUUAAUGAUUUAUUAAUUAUAUUAGGAUCUUAGUAGAUCAUUACAACCUUAUUAAUACCUUGUUUAUAAAUUGUAAAAAUAUAUAUUAUGUUGGUAAAAAUGCAUACACUUAUAGCACUUGACAAAUCAUUGCACAGAACAAGAUGUGAUCAAAUAAAAUUAAUGCCUAUGACUUUUUAAGUUGCUGGAUUCACCUUACUUUAAUGAAUACUUUAAACAUGAACACUAAGUACUUUCCUGUUAUUUUUUGUUGGCAUCAUUAAAAAACUUUUAAAAAGUG